AUGGCUCAAAGAAAAAUAGUAUCUAGGAGGUAUCUAAUCGAAUACUUAAGUAGGAAUUCCAUACCGGGAUUUAAUCAUUCAGAGCUCGUGAAGAAUGCCACUGAUAUCUCCAUUGCGAUAGCAUUUUCAGGUGGCGGAUAUAGAUCUAUGCUAACAGGUGCUGGAGUUUUGACUGCCUUUGAUUUGCGAACCCCAGGGUCCAUGCUUCCAAAUCACUUGGGAGGUAUACUUCAAGCUAGUAAUUACAUAACUGGAAUCUCUGGUGGUUCAUGGUUAGUUAUGAGCAACAUGGCCAAUGACUUCAAGCCUAAUUACAUUUCAUUGCAAGAAGGUCAGUGGAAUAUUAAUGAGAAGCUCUUGGAAGGAAUUCCAAACUUUGACUUAAAAAACUUAGAAAGCGACAUGGCGCCAACAGCAUCAUUUACACAUUCGUCAAGCGCUUCGCAAGAGACUUCAGCAAUGAAGGCGAAAGAGUCGGCCUCAAUUGCUGGUAGAAUCAAGAGGCGGGGAUUUUUGAAAAAUUUAAUGAAGGUUUUCAACUUCUCACCAAAAGAUGGAAUAAUUGUUUCUUCCACUGACCCAUUAGAGAAGGUUCUUAAGCCUAUCGUUCAAAAAGAAAGACGUAAUGUGUCUCAUAGUGAAGUUUCUUCUUCAUUGAUUUCAUGGAAGAAAGUAAUAAGCUAUUACAAAGACAUCCACGUUGAAGUAAGAGCCAAAAAGAAAUCUGGAUUUCCCAUAUCACUCACAGAUUAUUGGGGUAGAGCUCUAUCUCGUAGAAUAUUUCCUAGGGCGGUUCGCUCACCAGGAGUCACUUUAUCUUCUGUCACUAAACUCGAAUCCUUUAGAAGAUUUUUGCAACCCUUUCCAAUUAUCUGUACAAUAGAAGCGGUUCCAGAAUAUCUGUUCAACAGUGAAACGUCACACACUUUUGAGAUAAACCCUUUCGAAUUCGGAUCAUGGGAUCAGUACUUAAAUUCGUUUGUUGAUAUCAAAUAUCUUGGUACCAAAUUACUAAAUGGAGCUCCAACCUCCUUGGACGUGUGCAUGUCGGGGCUAGAUAACUUAGGUUUUUUGACAGGGGCAUCAUCUUCUUUAUUCAAUUACAUUUUUGUUUACCUAUACCAAAAUCUAUUAGAAACAAAACAAAAUACAAAAUCUACCCUUCAAAAUAUUUUGCAGACCUUUGGACUAAGACCAAAUCCUAAAUCAUGGCAGCAUCCACAAAACCACCCAGACUACGCUCUUAUCUCACCGAACCCCUUCUUACGGGAGAAACUCAGAGGUACACAGGAGAUAUCAAAAAGGGAUUUUAUAUACCUUACAGAUGGAGGAGGAGAUGGGCAAAAUAUCCCUUUCCAUCCUCUCUUGCAAUAUUCUAGAAAAGUAGACAUAAUUUUUGCUUUUGAUAUGAGUGGAGAUAUAUUAAAUUUCCCAAAUGGUACAAGCCUAGUCAGAACUAGCCAGAGGUACAGGAGUAUUUGGAACAAAACGCCGUAUUUUGAUACUAUGAAGUAUAGUAAAUCAAAUGCAACGAGAGGAAGAUACAGGGGUGUAUUUCCCAAAGUGCCAAGUUGCGAAGAAUUUAAUAGUAGAGGAUACACUAAAGUGCCAGUUUUUUUUGGCUGUGACUUAGUGAAAGACUAUCCCACUGCGGGAAGUUUUCAUACAAUGAACCACUUAGACUUUCCCCCAGACUACACUCCACCAUUGAUAAUUUAUUUUGCAAAUACAAAUCAUUCUUUUGCAUCGAAUACUUCUACUUUCCAAAUGUCGUACCAAGAUGACGAAAUUAGGGGGAUGAUGCAAAAUGGAUAUGACAUUGCAACAUACAUAAAUGGAACAAUUGAUGACAAGUUUUCUGCAUGUCUUAGUUGUGCCAUAUUGAAAAGAGAAUUUGGGAGACAGAAUAUUGUACCACCUCGCUUCUGUACAGAAUGCUUUGAGAAGUAUUGUUACCAAGGUUGA